GAACAAAUAAUCUGAUAUGAGGGAGGGUACAAAAAUAUUUGUUGUAAAACAGAUGCUGUUCAGAGAGCUGCAGCUGUCCAAGGAUGGAGAUCCAAUACAGAGCUGAGCUCUGUUUCCCACAUCUCCUCAAUGGCUCCUGCAGGAAGCCCAUACUUCACUGGCAGCUCCACACACCUACUAACAUCCUCCUCCUCUCUCUGGCUGUGUCAGAAUUUCUUGUUGGUCUCCUGCUGUUACCUUUAGAGAUCUACCGAAACAUAGCUUGUUGGUUUUUUGGAGAUAUCAUAUGUGUUUUGUAUUGUUAUUUGACUGGUCACAUAUUAUAUGCUUCGAUUGGGAACAUUGUUCUCAUUUCAGUUGAUCGCUAUAUUGCCAUUUGUGACCCUCUGCAUUACCCCACCAGAAUUUCUACAGCAAAAACAAAAUGUUGUGUGUGUCUGUGUUGGCUGUGGUACGCUUUCUAUAGCAUAUUCUAUGUGAAGGAUGAGUUGAUACAACCAGGAAGAGUGAGUUCCUGUGCUGGAGAAUGCUCAUUUAUCAUUCAAUAUAUAGCUGGAACUAUUGAUAUAAUUUUUAACUUUAUAUUCCCAGUUACCAUUAUCAUAGUCCUCUAUAUGAGAGUGUUUGUGGUGGCUCUGUCUCACGCUCGUGCAAUGCGCUCUCACAUUACAUCUGUCACACUCAUACGUUCAUUGAAUGUGAUAACAAAAUCGGAUUUGAAAGCAGCCAGGACUCUUGGUAUUCUCGUUGUUGUAUAUCUUGUAUGUUUCUGCCCAUACUAUUGCUAUUCUCUCAUUGGGGUUAAUCUUACCAGUACAUAUGGCAGUUUUGUUAUCUUUUUGUUUUAUUUUAAUUCUUGUCUUAAUCCAUUAAUCUAUGCAUUGUUUUACCCCUGGUUCCGUAAAGCUAUCAGACAUAUUGUUACUCUACAGAUACUACAACCUGGCUCUUGUGAGGUAACACUGUAG